CAUCUACAACCGACCUGACCGGCAAACCCAACAUGGUAUCCCAACGGUUGUUCGACCAUGGCGUCGGGCCCUCGGUUACAUAAUUUGAUGGCUCCGUCAUCCUAAGGACCCAACCAGGGAUCCAGUCACUAUCCCAUUUCACGAAGCGUAUCGCGGUCCUGGUCGGGAUUUUUUUCAGAGCCUAAUGGUUGUUUCUACGCGCGGUAUCCCUUCGUACCUGGAAACUGUCUGCGGCCUUCUGGGAACGGCCCACCAUGGCCCAACAAGGGUCAUCGAGACCAUUUCGCCCCAUUGCACCGCGAACGCUUCCAGAUCCUCUGCCGCCGCCGCCUGCCCCUCCGGGAGGUGGAGUUGAAGAGGUCAAGAUAAGGAGAGCAUCUGCAGCUUGCACUGAAUGCAAAAGACGUCGAACAAAGUGCAGCGCUGAUACCACCGGCCCUCCCUGCGCUGAAUGUGCGCUCCAUGGACGUGAUUGUGUGAUCGAUGAGUUCGCAGACAAGCGGCGUAAGGUCGCGGCCAGACGUGCCCAGGAGGAAUUGCGAUAUUAUCGUGGAUUUGUGGAGCAGCUGCUGAAGGCAAUCCGGCAUGGUGAGGGAACAGAUGUGAAAGCAAUUGUUGCCGUCAUCCGGUCGGGUGCAUCUCACGACGAAAUCCGUGCUGUUGUUCGAGGGCUCUUGAAGCGGGACGCGACAGGGGAGGAAGAUAUGCCGGACGGCGUAGCGCAGGGAACAGAGACCGACGAUACAUCGAAAGACUUGACCCCCGAAGGUUGGUCUUGAUCAAGGUUAUUGGAUUUUGCUUCAACUUGGGAAUCGAUCACCCAUAACGGCCACACAUCGCCCUACCGUAAUUGAUCUUCCGCUACAUCUUUAUCAUCACCCUUGUUGUCGUUGGACUGAUCAUUUCGAGCGCCGUACUUGUUUGCUUGAGAAUCCUGCAG